GGAUUAUUAUUAGAUUAAAAAAAGUAAACUAUUCUACUGGGCCUUAUGUAUUUUGCUCAACAAAAGUCUUCAGGUACUUAUUUUCCUUAUUAAUGCCUAAUUGAAUUUUUCAUGGAUGGUUUAAAGUUUUUAUAAAAAAAUUUUCCCAUAAGCCACAAAUAUGCUAAUGCAAAACACUUUUUUUCCAUGCUUCCCAUACCUCCGCUUUCAAAAUUCAUCUUGCAAGUAGUUUUCAACAGUGAUAAUCCUUGAGGAAUCUCCUAGAAUGCACCAAGCCAGUGAAGGGCAGCAUGUGCUGGUGGUGUGGGAAACAACAUCUACAGAGUCUGAUGUCAAGGCGCUGGUGAUGCCACUCAGGGAUGCUGUUGGAAGUGACGGUAGCGUGGCUACCGAAUCUGCACACAUGUUAGCACAGUCCUCUCUGCCAUCAUCGAAGUACGACCUAGCCCUGCUUGGCCUCUGCUUCCCCUUCGCCAGUGAGGCUCCUAUUGAGUUGCUGUCUGAAAUCUCUCGCUUGCUCAAACCCUCUGGAAAGUUGGUCGUUGCUUCCAGUUCAGUGGACCUCAUUCUCAGUAACCUGAGGCUGUCAGGUUACACCGACGUGCGCGUAGUGGGGGAUGUUAACCUUACAGACGAACAAAAGUCGGCAAGCACCGGCGUGGCAGUCAAAGAAAUCUUGGCGUGCAAACCGGACUUUGAAAUGGGCUCAUCCAUGCCGCUUUCUUUUGCUUCCAAGAGUUCAAAUGUUUCUGAAACUCUUGAUGAUCCUGAUGAUCUGCUCACUGAAGAAGACAAAGUCAAACCUGAUGCAGCAUCCCUCAAGGUUUGUGGCACAACUGGCGAACGCAAGGCCUGCAAAAACUGCUCAUGUGGUCUGAAAGAAGAGCUCGAAUCUGAAAUGCAGGCCGAAAAAGACGCUGCAAAGAAAGAUUUCAAGUCAUCUUGUGGUAACUGUUAUUUAGGAGACGCAUUUAGAUGUGCUUCUUGCCCCUACGCCGGAUUGCCUGCCUUCAAACCCGGAGAAAAGGUCAAGCUUAUGGACACUACGCUACUUGAUACCAUUUGAAGUUCUCUGAUACGUUUCGACAACUUACAGUUCUACUACUGAAAAGUUGUGGGAUUUCAUGAGAGAAAUACAUCAGUAAAGACUACAAUAAACCCGAAAGAGCUGUCAAAUUUUUGUUUGCGAAUAUUGUAACUCAAGAUUCGAGGGAGAAUAGCUUCGUGAUCAGAUUCUGGUGACCAUCGGCAAGGCACUUGCACACGCAGAGCAAUUUAUGUGCCAAAUUACGGUACCAUGCACUUCCUCCAGCCAUUGAAUAUUCAAUCGAAUCAGGCAUCACUUCAUUUAUGCUCAUAUUAUGAGCUACUUGAUUAAUUAGGUAAAUUGAACCGUGUAAAACUGUUAUGGUUUUGUAUGUUCGAUGAAGACUUGGGUUGAUUUAAAUUAUGAUUACUUACAUUGCUUGCAUGCAGUCCAUAUUCACGUUCCUUAUCUUAGAAUUUUAAAAGAUUUAAUUUUUUAUACUUGAUAGGGCUCUUCCUCCAGUCAAGCAUUAGCAUGCUGGCGAAGUUUGUUCUCAUAUUUUUCUGUCGCGUUACUUCAAAGUAAUUUCCGUUAAUAAAGUAAUUGUACAGCAUA